CGGGGGACAGUGGCCAGGGAGGGCGGCGGGGUGCGAGCACGGGAGCGGCGGACUGUCUGGGCUUCCGCAGUUUAGGACGCCCCAGGAGAGUUCAAGUCAGGGCUCUGUCCCAUCCGGACUCAACUGCCUCCUCUCCCGGGUUCCUUCUCGGUGUCGGGAAAUCUUCGGAGCACCCCCACCCCCCAACAACUGUUAUCCAAAUUUAUAAUCCUAAUAACCUGAUCUCCCGCUCCUCCCCGCCAGCCUCCGCCCUUGCUCCCCCACCCCACCCCUACUCUUUCGCCCAUCUCCGCCGCAGCUGGAGGGAAACCGGGCACUGGCGAGCAGGGGUGUCAGCCUGGGGCGGAGAGGAGGGACGCUAGGCGACGAUCCCUGGGAUUUUUUGUCUGCCUUUGGCGCAGAAAAAUACGGCUGCUCCUACUGAGCGCAGAGCCGGUUGCAUCCCCAGGCAUCUCGUUCCACAAAUAAAACGUCACUCGGGGAACUCAGACGGACACCCCUCCUCGCCCCCCGGCUCCCCCGCCCCGUGUCCGCUGGGGAGGCUGCCUGGUGCGGAGGCGGCAGUCGCCGUGGCGGAGGCGAUCUGUGGGUGACCGUGUCUGCGAGAGACUUUGCCAUACCAUUUUGCGGGAAUUUGGAGAGAAACAACCAGCUGCUUCCAGUCCCCUCCCCCUCCGCCACCAUUUCGGACACCCCGCACAGACUCGUUUUGGGGUACCCUGUGACUUCCAGGAAGCACGCGAGGUCCUUUGGCCCCGGCUCGGGCGACCACCUGUCUUGGACGUGUUGACUCAUCUCCCAUGACCCUGCGGUGCCUGGAGCCCUCUGGGAAUGGCGCGGACAGGACACGGAGCCAGUGGGGGACAGCGGGGUCGCCGGAGGAUCAGUCCCCGGAGGCGGCGCGUCUGGCGAAGGCCCUGCGUGAGCUCAGUCAAACAGGAUGGUACUGGGGAAGUAUGACUGUUAAUGAAGCCAAAGAGAAAUUAAAAGAGGCGCCAGAAGGAACUUUCUUGAUUAGAGAUAGCUCCCACUCAGACUACCUACUAACCAUAUCUGUUAAGACAUCAGCCGGGCCGACUAACCUGCGGAUUGAGUACCAAGACGGGAAAUUCAGAUUGGAUUCUAUCAUAUGUGUCAAGUCCAAGCUUAAGCAGUUUGACAGCGUGGUUCAUCUGAUUGACUACUACGUUCAGAUGUGCAAGGACAAACGGACAGGCCCUGAAGCCCCCCGGAAUGGGACUGUUCACCUUUACCUGACCAAACCUCUGUAUACAUCAGCACCGACGCUGCAGCACUUCUGCCGACUCAGCAUUAACAAGUGUACCGGUACCAUCCGGGGACUGCCUUUACCAACAAGACUGAAAGAUUACUUGGAAGAGUAUAAAUUCCAGAGAGUCUCAAGAUGUUUUUCCAACACAGCAUGGUCUGUGGCAAUUGCUUGACAAUUAAAGGGCUGUCUGGAGUUGCGUGGAACACAGUCUUAGGACAUGCCAUGAAGCCCAUCAGACUUUGGACAAGCUCCACAGGCGAGACCAGAAGAGAGGCUGCCUGUCCCGAUCACCUUAACCCAAAGACCAAGUUCAGGAUUCCAUGCUUGCCGAGAUGAUUGACAGGCAUUGUAGGAGGAACGACAUCUGGGAAAUUUCUCAUCAGGAGAUACUGAUCUCAUGUCAAUGGAAUAUGGAGAACAAAUGUUGGUUUCGUUUGCCAAACAAAAGCACAGAGAGUACCCCGCACCCUUGUGGACAUAAUACACAGUUUCAGUUUGAUAUCUCUCGACCGGAAUGUGAUGCUGGCUGUUUCCUGAUGAGGUCCUGUUGGCUCUACCAGCUUCAGUUACUUUGUGGC